UAAUGGUCCAGCCAUUAAUUUAAUUGUUUUUGAUUUGCAAAUCCCCCUGCAAGACCAAAUUCCUAUUUAUUGUCGGUCAGAAGAUGAGGGUGAUUCUGUUGUAUAUUCAUCAUGUAUUAACCACGAAGACAUGAUAUUGCGCUCAUUGUCUAGCAUAGCUUGCCUUGGUUAUGGCCAGCAAAUGAAUUUUAAUGAGGAUGGUGUUUCACAUUCAUCCACAUAUCCAGCUGCAUUUCUUAUUGGUUCCCACAAAGACAUGGUUAAAGAGGAAGUGAUUAAACUUGUAAAUGAGCAUUUAAUGUCAUUGAUUAAGACAUGUGACCUGGAUGUCCAUGAAAUAAUUCAACGCUAUGAAAAUUGCUUAUUUUAUCCAAUUAAUGGCCUUGAUGAGUCAUCAAAAGAAAUAGAUAAACUGAGGCAAGAAAUCUUUAAUGCUACUAAACAGUUCAAAUCUGUAGAGGUACCAAUGACAUGGUUGAUACUUAGCAUUAAACUUCAAGUUUUGUAUGAAAAAAAAGAAAUAAAUUGUGUCAUUGAUAUUGAAAAAUGCUUUAAAAUAGCAAAUAUAGAAUGUGGUUUUAAAAGCAUUGAUGAAAUGAAGAAUGCUCUAUGGUUUUACCACUAUGUUAUGGGUACCAUCAUGUAUUUUCCAUAUAUUCCUGAGCUGAAUGAAAAAGUCAUUCUAGACUUGCAAGCUAUUUUUGACUGUGUAACAAAGCUGAUUAAUUGCUGUUUUGUUUAUGGAACAGUCAGUGAGCGUACAGAAGAGGAAUUUACUAAAUUUGGCACUUUUUUCGUAAGACAUUUGGAAAAAGUUCUAAACAGUAAAGAUAAUAAAUCCAAAUAUCCUUUUUCAGCUCGAGAAAUAAUUGCCUUAUUGAAGCAUUUACAUGCUAUAGUUGCUAUUGAUGAUGACAAAUACUUCAUGCCUACAGCUCUGAAACCAGUGCUUCUUUCUGAGGCUCAUCAAGACGCAACCUCCUGCCCUCCUCCUCUUCUUAUUAGCUUUGCAUGUGGUUAUACUCCAGUUGGAAUUUUCGGUAGCUUAGUAACUCAUCUUCUUUCUAAUGCUAAGCAUAAUAUUGAAUGUAAAUUAGCUGAUGAUACUCGGCAAUAUCGCAAUAAAAUAGUCCUUUCUUGUGGUUCUUAUCAUGCUGAUUUAAUAUUGAUGGCAUGGUCAAGAUUUAUAGAGAUUAAUUUUAAGAGAAAGGGUGAUUUGCAUGAAUCAAUAGCAGAUGUAUGUCAAAAGGUGCGACUUGCUAUUGAUGAAAGCAUUGAAGUUAUAUCAAAAUCAUUUAAUUACAAGUGCAAGGCUAAGCAUUCAUUUGGUUUUCCAUGUAACAAUCUUGCCUGCAAUUCACUGCCUGUGCAUCCUGCUAUAUGUAAAGUGGCAAUAAGAAGUGCUGAAUGUGUACAGAAAAAUAAUUUGAUUGAGCUCAGUGAUUCACAGUUAAUCUGGUUUGGAAUUCAACAGGAGCAGGUUGUGGAAAAUGGUCUAAUGGAAGAUAGUUUAUCUGAAGAAAUAUUUCAAAAAACAUUAGAAAUUGAUGAUUUGGAUGAUGUUUUUGAAAAACUGGACGAUCUUAAUGAAUGGAAAAAACUAGGUCUGAAGCUUGGCUUGAAGUAUCCAACAUUAGAAAGAAUUGAGAAAGAUAAGAGAGUUAUUGAUGAUUGUAAAAUGGAAAUGUUAGCAUGUUGGCUUAAAAAACAAGAUAAAGUUAAGUCACCAUCUUGGAAGCAGCUGAUUAUUGUUUUAUGUAAAAUGAAGGAGACUGAAAUUUCCAAAAAGAUCAUUGAAGAACUUCGUAUUUGAGACUACUAUUAUAGCUGAACUUUAAUAUUAUUAUUUACACUUUAGACAUGCUUUGUGUGCUUAGAUACUAGUAGUCUAUAUGAUUAAUUUUUGUUAUUUAAAGAUGCAUGACAGAGCUACACUGUGAUCAAUUGUUAUUAUAAUGUAAAA